AUGGCAUCUCAACCACCACCAGUCCCCGUUACCUCGGAGCGCGUGGUUUCAGAGUGGUCCGCAGGGGCCAUUACUCAGACCACGGCCAGAACAGACGCAUCGCGUCUGAACGACACGGAAUCCAUGGAGUUCAUAUUGAGCUCCAACUGGGCCCUAAGGCUAGAAGGCAUAAAAGACUUCUAUGAAGUCUUGUACAAGCGUGAUGAGAAUUUGGAGAUACAAUACGAUUACAUUAUUCACGGCUUCAGGGUUAAAUGCUUCUCCUACGAUGAAGUUAGGAUCGUGAGCCUGGUCAAGGAGAUUUUAGACCAGUUGGUCCAGAGUGAAGCUGAGAAAGGGCUCGAGACAAGUUACAAGAUAACAAGCCUUGAAGAUUGGCGGAAGAGUAAAUUCCGGCCAGGAGAGGAACCCAAGCUUCCAGGGAAAUACUCGUUUCCAUGUCAUGUUUCUGUGUGCAAGUUCCAGAGCACUUGGAACAUCCCAGAGCAUAUGUUUAAAAAGGGCAUUACCAUAAAUAGAAUGCUCCCAGAAAGUGCGCUUUCUCAACUACGACAAUUGGCGGGCGCUACACUAGUCGCCAGCUCAGACAAACGUACAGUAUACGUCGGAGCGCCCAGGACCGAGGUGGUCAAUAUAGUCAAGAGGAAGCUAGAUACUUUGGUUAGAUUCGUUUCGUUACUGCCGAAGGAUGCCACUCAAGUUGUCGAAAUCUUCUUCCACAACGAAGGAGACAGAUCUACCAAGGGCGAGUAUAGAUACGUAGCAGAUGGCAAUGAUCGGCUUCUACGAAGCUACAUACUGGAUCGUUUUGAUUGGCCCCAUCCCGAGCUGCGGUAUCCAACAGUCUUUCAGAAAGGUGUACUUAUAAGACUAAACCCUAACAACGAGCCCUGGGAUGAAGUCAGGGCCCUAUCUAGCACAAUAUUGCCAAUUGUGAAGGAGGCUGGUUCUAAAGAGGAAUUCGGCGCCUUUACAUUAACUAAUUGGAGAUAUCCGGCUAAGGGACCUGUUAUCAAACCCUCCGAGGCAAUAUCUAAUACGACUACAACUCGGUCCGAAUCAAGUCAAAUAACUCAUGGACCGAUACUCGGGCCCGAAAUCGAAAAUUGGGUUUCGAGACUUCCAGUACGGGACCACAACUGGCCCAACUCCUAUCCUCAAAAGGCUGUCCCUAGCAGUUCUGAGACCCAGCAUAAACCUGGUUGUGAUGACAUUAUCAGUGAAGGGCCACAGCGUCUCUCAACUACACCACAACUAAACGACAUUGUCAGGUCGAAGCCCGGCACGGCCGGGGACCAAUCUAAUCUAGGCUAUCCUGCUCCUGCUCCUCCUCCUCAUUCUCCGUUACUCGAUAUCGAGCCUAUUGUUGACCUGGUUCAAGAUAAUUGUGCCAAACUGCCCAGCUCUAAUAUCAUCACUGUCAAUGGUGCUGGGGAUGAUGAAAAACAACCUACAGAUUCAAUGAGAUUCGCAGCCGAUGAAACCACCACCAGUGUGGGAUUUGAGCAGCCAAAAUCCAAAACAGAUUGCCCUUUUGAACUCCUCUGGAAUAAAUGCAGGCCGGCUCAUGUAGGAGCGUCACUGAGACCCGCAGAGGAUCAAAAUAAAAACUCCGUGCUAUCAGUGUCGCAACUCACAGAAACAAGCAACCCACAAGUUGACCAAAAUAGCGAGAGCGGCUCCCGGUCUUUCCAUAUGACCAUGAACCAGAAAGCGGGUGCACGGACGGCUCAGAGGAACAUUUUCCCAGAUAUCGACCCGAAUAUAAUUACUUCAAUCAACAAGUCCCUGGAAAUUUUGUUGGCGCCUCUAAGAAUGUGGCCGGGUAAUGUUGACCUGAGAAUAGACUUAGGACGAUUCUGCUUUCUGAAUGUGAAAAGGUCCCGUAUUCAGGAAGCAGGUGAUGAUGACGACGAAAAAUACUAUAUGCUAGAACAAAUUCGAUCUGAAUCAAACAAGAGACACAAGGCCAAUGAGAAGCUUUACUUUACUAGAGUUCUCACCACUUUAGGUGUGGAGGCCAAUUACAUUGCUCUAAUGAGCGAUAACGAUGGCAAACCAAUGUGGAAGCGUCCGUCUGAGGGCCGGUCGUCCACAUUCGAGUUUAUUUGCCGGAAAGCGCUGCAAGAUGGCGAAUUAAACUUUUUUGUCGAGGUGGAUACGAGAAACUUCACCCAUAAGAUCAGAGUAUUCAAACCGGACCAGAACUGUUUCAUGGUUCACUGCACCAAACGAGUAUGGGAUUUCCGGCUUACCCUUUCAGCAUCACCAGAAUUGGACGAUGCAUGUCAACAAUUUGCCGAGGAUCUCGUGGGUUCCCUACGAGUCACACCCAAUAACGACAGACUUCCGGAACUAGAGAUAUCUUACAACAAAAGUUACAACAUCGAGAUUCUGGCAGUUCGAACGCGUAACAGAGCCUGUUGUACAAAUGAAGUAGACGUUACAAGUCCUUGCUCGACCCAGAAAAAUCCUCGUAAGGACAUCCUGAGGCUAUAUAUUAGCGAAGUUUGGGAGAUGGCCUUACUGAGCAGCGGUGAGGUGGAACAGUGCAUUCAGCUCAAGUUUGUCCGCUACAAAGAUAACGAACACACUGAUAUACCACUGCGUUGGUACGAGGCCAGCCUGAAGUCGGAUAACUUUUGUAUGGCAUUUAAACAGAACGAGGAAUUGGAACUUGGCGAUGAAGUCAAGUGGACAUCUAAAAAUCUCGUACACAGUGGGACUAUCGAGCGACUCGUUCAGAAGGCAGCUUCUAUGGUAAAGAACAUGGAUGGUGUGGGCUUUUGGAAUGACAACCACCAGGAACACCUGUUACGACGCUUUGACCCAUUAGCAAAGGACACUGUGGAUAAGUUCUGGUAGACAAUUCGAUUGAUCCAAGCCUACAUUUUCGGUUGCCUCGCUUUCUGCUUUUCCCUCGGUUCAUGCGACUUCAAUACCUGCACAGCUUGCUUUCCUACUACAAGUAUUAGCCAGCAAUGGCCUUCCCAGUUGUGCAUGACAUCUCCGUCAUAAAAACAUGCAACAAAUCCCUUGCUUGCAGGCCGAA